UGAAUGCACGGGCUUCAAGGCAUCAUCACGCACUAUACUCGAGAUGCUUAGAGCAUGGACGGAUGGACGACGCCAUCAUGUCUGCUGGAUGUGGCAUUCAAGUCUUUCCGCCUGUGCCAACUGGAAAACACGGCAUUAUGUACCCAGUUUACUUCCAGGCACUAGAGACGCCGGGAAACCUUUUGUACUUUGACGAGAUCGAAAAGCUCAAAGCUGAUUCAGAUGUGGAUUUUCUCCUGUUUUCUCGACCGGAUGACGAAGUGGUCGACCUUGUCAGCAACUUCUCCCAGCAGUUGUGUACUGUCCUAACGUUUGGAGAAACGAGGGAGGUGGUGGUGAAGAAACUAACAGAUGUUCUUCAGCUCAUUGUAAAGAAACCUGAAAAGCUGACAUAUCCCAUUGCGAAUGGAAUAUAAGGGCUUUGGCCACAAGAAAGAGUUAACCCUAUUCAGACCGGGCUUUUUCGGUCAUUCUGGGACCGUGGGGGUGGGAGGGCCGCCUCUUCUAACUCAUGUAACUCUUAAACGACUUAUCAUAUGGACUUAGUCGCUUAGUAUUGUAUACUGUUUGCCAUUGUUUGACAUUUUUUGUCGCUUGCAAUUAGCCCUCGGGCAAGAACCUGCAAUAAACUUUCGUUAUCAUAUGGACACCAAAUGUUGAUACAGGAAACGAU